AUGUCUGGAAUUGAUCCCCGUUAUUUGGCGGCAUUUACAGAUAACAGCACUGGAUACAUUGCUACAGGACAAUUACAUAGAGAGUUUAAUCCAAUCGCUGUUAACGCACUCGGCAGCGAUUACCAGAAUCGCAAUUUCAUUGGAGCCGAAAGGACCGAAAAUAAACGCUAUGCACCACAAAGGAUUCCGAACGAUACUUCAAACAAACAAACGGAAAUUGAUUUAUUGAAGAACGAAGUACAGUAUCAAGUUAAAACUCGUGGAGAGAAACUAAAAGAGUUAUAUAUAAAUGGCACACGCGUAUAUUCUGGAUCUGUUGAGAACAUUCUAAAAUGGCAUAAGUCGCUACAAGACAUAGGGGUUAUGGUUCUUUAUGAAAUAGUCGGUAAAUGUGUCAGCGUAAGAGCUGGAGAAUCUUGCGCUAAGAACUUGGUCGUGAGAGAUGAUAAUGGCCCAGCUAUUCAAGUAGUCUACUAUGAAAUAGACUUUUUGUUACCGGAAUUGAAAAUACCUUGUAUGAUAAGGGUGAUAGGACGUGUAAUGCCGGGAACGAGUAGAUUGCAAGCGUUCAAUGUGCGACCCGCCAUUGGCGAUGACGUCGCUUCACUGCCACGCCGCGCUGCUGUCGCUUCUCAUCACAUCACGAAGCUUUGCAAAGAAUAUUUUAAUUAA